AUGGCUACUUCAUCUCUCCUCUCUACAGCCCCCGAGGUGCCACACACGACUCUUUCACUUCCUUCCCCACAUGUCCUCCUUGUCACCCUCAACCGGCCCUCGGCCCUCAACGCGAUCCCGACAGCCCAGCACGAAGCCCUCUCUCUCCUAUGGGCCUGGUACGAUGCACAACCGACCCUGCGCUGCGCCGUCAUCACGGGCACGGGCCGCGCCUUUUGCGCCGGUGCCGACCUUCGCGAGUGGGACCAGCGCAAUCACGCAGAUGGGGCGGGCCAGCUUCGCAAGUGGACGGUCGGCGACGGGUUUGGCGGGCUAUCCAACCGCGCGGGCAAGAAGCCCGUCAUCGCGGCGGUUAAUGGACUCUGCUUCGGUGGCGGGAUGGAGAUGGUGAUCAACUGUGAUAUUGUUGUUGCGGAUGGGGUAAAGGCGCGGUUUGGACUGCCCGAAGUCGGGAAGGGCGUCGUGGCCCUUGCUGGGGCGCUGCCGCGGCUUGUUAGGACUGUGGGCAAGCAACGCGCGGCGGAGAUGGCAUUGCUGGGGAGGAUCAACUACACGGCGCAGCAGAUGAAGGAGUGGGGGCUGGUCAACUUUGUGACGGCUGAGGGAGAAGCACUCAAGGAGGCGCUAAAGGUGGCCGAAGAGCUGGCCAACAACUCGCCGGAUGCCGUGAUUGUGUCUCGGGAAGGUCUGAAGCUUGGGUGGGAGGGCUUUGGUCCGGAGAUGGGUACAGAAUUGUUGGAUCGUGGGUUGUAUGGGCGGAUUGAUGCUGGGGAGAACAUGAAGGAGGGCGUGAGAAGCUUUGUGGAGAAGAGGAAGCCGGUGUGGAAGGAUAGCAAGUUGUGA